UUGAUUUAUUUUGUCAGUUGGGCAAUCCUCUUCUCUCACCCUGCUGACUACACUCCGGUAUGUACCACUGAGCUGGGGCGUGUAGCAAAUCUGGCUUCAGAGUUUGAAAAGAGAGGUGUAAAACUCAUUGCCCUGUCGUGCGAUGGUGUUGAAUCUCAUCAAGGUUGGAUUAAGGAUAUUGUGGACUACAGCAAGUAUGCUGAGAGUGAAUUUCCUUAUCCAAUCAUUGCUGAUGAAAAGCGAGAGCUGGCCAUCUUACUUGGCAUGAUUGAUCCUGAUGAAAAAGAUGCUCAAGGCUUGCCUCUGACUGCUCGUGCAGUAAGUUGGACAUAAUUUUUUCUGUGAGUUUGAUCUCAUAGCAUAAGAAAAGUUGUUUCUAAAUGAUUCCUUUCAUGCUGAUUUGAAUGUAAAAUCCUGAAUAGGGAAUGGGGUUUUUGACAAUGUGUAGUUCGAGAAAAUAUCCAUACACCCCCACCUUCCACAGAGGGCAACAAAAAUUCAGAGGGGAGGAGGGUUCCAAAAGGAAGCCAUUUUUGAGGAGUUGGGAUGGCCUCUCGACGUCUUUUUUCCGGGGGCUCCAAGUAAUGAUUGGUGAGGUAUUUAAGACUAACAGCUGUCUGGUUGAACAAGCUAUCAGGUAUUUUACUGUUAAUUGGUGUUUCAAAGCAAAAAUUAUUGUUUUCAUCAAUGAUCUUUUAUUUGCAGUCGGCUGAGUCCUUUAUUCACGGUUUGCACAAGAGUUUAUGUAACACGAUUGUCAUUCGCUCAUUAAUAAACGUGGCCAUAUUUCUCGUAUAAUGUACUUUCCUUGUGAGGAGAAAUUAACUUCAAAUUCUUAAAUGGGUCAGCUUUAUAUAUGCCUCUCUCAACUGAGUAUCAGUCAAAAAGUCCCCAAUAUAGUGUUAUUCAACACUUUCUUGCCUUAAUUAUUAAAAUAAUAGCCAAAGAAUCCCACAAAAUUCAAAUUCAAAUUCAAAUUCUUUUUGAAUUUUCAUAAAAUCCUGAGAAAUUGAAAAGUAUUUUGCAAACGUUCUGCCAAAAAGGUUUCAUUUUAAUGGCAACACCACAUGAUCUCAUCCGGAGAUUUUUAGAUGUAGCUGGAAAAUUCCUGACCCCAAACUGUUGAUUCUUUGAACAAUGUUGACUUAUAUUAUGUGCCCAAGUGUGCAGAAUUUUCAAACAGAUUUUAGAAAAUAAGAAGUUGUUUCAAAUUUUAGGCUGAACAGGUUCUUGUGUAGAGGGGACCUAACUGGCAAAUUUUAUUCUAGUAAGUUCUCAAAAACCAGGUUCUUGGUCGCAGGUUUUUACUGUACAAAACAAAAAUGUUUUUGAUGAAUUUAAACAGUCAGUAAUUAAAUUUCCUGGCUAUAGUGGAGUUAGAGUCUGUUGUUCUUGUGCACCAAAUAACUGCCAACAGGCAAGGAAUUAAUUUAUAGGGUGUUACUUAGGGUUUAUUCAAUUUAUAGAAAUCAAUAUAAAUUUUUAAAAUUAUCCCUCAAAAUACUGUAGGUGUUUAUCAUUGGACCAGACAAGAAGCUGAAGUUGUCUUUGCUUUAUCCAGCGACCACUGGUCGUAAUUUUAAGUGAGUUGAAUAUUUAUGUAUGUUAAACAGUUUUAAUGAACCAUAGCUGUAGGAUAGUUGGGGUUUUUAAUAAAAAGUCUUCCUCUGUCAAUGGCAUCUGAGAGAAAUUAUAAGAAACAAGAAGCCAUUUGUCUGCCAAUACGCCAAUGCAACACAGCACUUAAUUCACAAGCUGUCAACCAUCACGUACUUACAAUGUUUACAGGUGGACAUAAAUGACACCUGAAGAAGGAUUUUGAGGUUAUCCUAUAUUAAGAUCUCUCUCUUACAGAUAACCUACCCGGCCCAGGAAAGGUUGGCCACAUCGGCCACUGGGAUCUACAUUCCCUACUCUUUUUGAACAGUGGUGUAUAGUCACUGGGUUCUUUUACGUCCCACAAGAACCAGAUAAGUGAAAGUGCUGUGAGCAAGAACUACAGCUGUACAGUUUUUCAUCCUUAUCUGAGAAGACUAGAAAGUCUAACCAUUUGCAGAUGUCAUUGCAAAGGCAGCAAUUUUUUCUCAGUUAUUUAUAGUGAAAUUGGGUGUAUCGCGCUGUGCGUUUUGCAAACUUCAAAAGAAUUUUGGGUUUUUCUGUUCCGUCAAUCAUCUUUGGCGGACCUCUUAGGAAACACAUGUUUACCCUCACGAGUUCAAAAGGUCAUGGUUUGUGAUUCGUGAUUGGUGGAUUUCGAUCCGUUUUGUUUGUUUCGCGUUUCAAGGUUCUUUGCUUUGUGAUCGUCCUGUUUUGGGCAAUAUACGACUAGUUAAGUUUGCUACGCAUUUUUUUCUGAUCUUUCUUAUUCUUGUCACUCGCAAGAAUAAAGCAACGUCUGCCUCCUUCAUUCGACAAAAAAUCCACUCGCCAUUGAGAUUUCCUUUACUAUUCUUGGCAGUCUAGAGUCAUUCUCAGCCAAGCUGGGUGAGCAUGUUACAUUGUGAUUUUCAUUAACCCCGCCUUCACUAAAAUGAUUGACAGAACAGAAAAGCCCAAAAUCCCUUUGCAGCGCGAUACAACAAAUUUCGUUGUAAUUAAAGACCAUGAGUGUUGGUUUCAGUGGGGGCUUGAACCUGCGACCUCCUGCUCAGCCAACCAGCGCUCUCCCAUCUAAGCAAACCAGGCUGCUUAUAAUAGUUUAAAAUGGACAAAGGAAAAAGAGAACAACCUUCCUAAACCUAGUACACUGCUUUUAAACAAACACAUUGUUUUAAAACUUUAUGGCAAGAAAUCAAAACUGAAACAUUUGACAAGUGUCCUGAGUGUGAAAACUGAUACCCUACCUUGUGGCAUGGGAGAGCUAUAUAUCUUGCCUCUUUUGCAGAAGACUAGUGUUCUUUACCAAUGUUAGUCAGAUUUAGUGAUUAUUUAAUUUUAACUUUGUUCAAUUUACAGCGAAAUUUUGCGUGUGGUAGAUUCUCUCCAGUUGACUGCUACAAAGAAAGUGGCCACUCCUGCAGACUGGAAGGUUAGUGCUAUAGUUCAGAUUACCAUACUUAAUUGAAGAAAAUGCAUGUCUUAAUACCACUAAACAUGUCAUGGGGCUCUUGUGCUUGCUGUGCGCGUGCAGCCAAGCACCAUGGGUAAUAAAAUUUGGUUAUCUAUGCAUCCUAGAAAGUUUGGUUGUGAGAAAAUCACCUGUACAUACACGUCCAUUCACAUGUAUAUUCAUCAACACCUUCACCCCAUCCACCUUGUCUUUAAAGGGGCCGUGUCACACUAUUUACUAUUUUUCUAAAACGUGUCUUUGCAUCAACUGAAGUCCAAAAAUAAUGGUCCAGUUUAAAUUUUGUUAUUCAAGUUAUUUUUAGUUGUUAACACUCUUUUCCCAUUGUGCUGUUGCUACAAAUGGCAUUUGGUUUGAAACUCGAAAAAACUAGGCCAAUUAUUUUCAAGUUUUAUGCUGUGCCUGAAAAAUUCCCAAAAUUAUUAUUGUUGUUCGUGCUCCUUGAUGAAACUUGUUUGGUAUCUUCUUCAUAAUUACAGGGGCAUUUUUUUGUAUGAGUAUAGACACUGAGCAAUGACUUAAGCACAGAAUUGACUGAAAACAGCAAUCCCCUUGUGUUGCCUGAAUAGUAUUUCUAUUACUAAGUAGUCUUGAAAAGUGAUAAACUGAUCAUUGACCUUAACAAAUUUGCAACACAUGUCUAAUGUGCCAUCUUUGAGAAAAAUUAAGGAUCGAAUCUGCCACUUGUCUAGCAUAUAGUUUAUACUGUGUAUUAAAUUUUUUAGGCUGGUGGAGACUGCAUGGUGCUUCCUACAGUGAAACAAGAAGAUGUCCCCGAACUGUUCCCUAAGGGCGUGAAAGUCACGGAAAUGCCGUCUGGCAAACCUUACAUGCGUUUUACUCCUCAGCCAGAGUGA